AUGGCGGAAUUUGAUAACUUAUGGUGUAACUCGGACGAUCUCAGCGAAAACGAAGAAACAUUUUCACAUAAUAAUGUUGAGCAGGAUAUGCAGGGGGAAUUCGAUAACUCCAAUGAGGUUACCCUACUGGCCAUGUUUGAUGAACAUGGACAGCAAUUGGAGUGUCCAAGUCUCCCUUUAGGACCCGCACCUUCCACUGAGCCAGCACAAGUAAAUCCGCCAUUACCAGUGUCACCACCUUCUUCGCGAAAUGUUCGUCCAGAAGUGGUCGUUGUCGUUGAGCGGUUAGAUGAGGAGACCGGCAACGAGUACUUGUUGGCGGACCAGCAUGAAGUAUAUCACGAGAAGGUGGUGGCGAGUUCGAGUGGUGGUGCUGUGCGAGGCGUGCGGUUCCCAGCGACGGCACCAGCAGGCGGCAACGCUCUGUAG